UUUUUUUUUUUUUUUUUUUUUUAGAUAAGUACAAGUUGUACUUUCUGUACUUAAACUUCCAGCUCGAGGCCCAGCAGAGAGCUCGAGCGGCGGCUCUGAAAAGUUUGUUGUUGUCACGUGAUGUGAGACGAAUGUGGCGAUAAAAGUUUGCUUAGAUAGUAAAAGUAGGUGGCGUACCUCACGAUUAAAACCUAUUGAACACAACUUUCACCAACAUGCCUCAACCAAAACAUCGAAAGAUUGCAGUUAUAGGUUACAGGUCUGUAGGAAAGUCGUCUCUUACUAUACAGUUUGUGGAAGGACAGUUUGUUGACUCCUAUGACCCCACCAUCGAAAACACCUUUAACAAACUGGUCAGCGUGAACGGUCAAGACUUCAACCUUCAACUGGUUGAUACAGCAGGACAAGAUGAGUACUCAAUUUUUCACCAAUCCCACUCAAUGGACAUCCAUGGGUAUGUCCUUGUCUAUGCAGUGACUUCCAAUAAAAGUUUUGAAGUUGUGCAGAUUCUACAUGACAAGCUGCUAGACAUGGUUGGAAAGAUUCAGGUCCCAACUGUUCUUGUAGGGAACAAAAAAGAUCUCCACAUGGAAAGGGUUAUCAAGCCAGAGGAGGGAAAGAAACUUGCUGAUUCCUGGGGUGCUGCAUUCAUGGAGUCCUCAGCCAAGGAGAAUGAGACUGCUGUGGAGGUUUUCAAGCGGAUAAUUUUGGAGAUGGAGAAAGCUGAUGGAAACGCACCCCCAGAGGAGAAGAAGUGCGCUAUGAUGUAAAAGUGUAUCCAGGACAUCAGAGAGCUCAUUUGCUGAAGACAGGAGCCACAACUUCACCAGCUUGCCAAUCGUGACCUCACCGACACCAAGACACCGCGGCAGAACUUUUCUGCUCAAAUGUGAUAUCUUAUUGAUUUACAUAGCAAGGCCCCCGCCCAGCCAGUUGAUAAACAAUCCCACUAAUUGUAACCAAAGGCCAGAAGAUUCUAAGAGCAAGAUCAACCUUUGUUUUUGACCAAAAAAAAAAACCAGUCGGUGAACACUUUCUUUAAGUAUUGAAAUGUUGUCUAUAACUUGGCAAAAUCUUGACUUUUCAACCAAUUUCUCUGAAAGCAUAAUAAUAUUGCCAAACAUAUUGGUCCCAAUUAAUGACAUCUUUUUGUUUUGUGAAAGUAUUAUGGUAGUAAGUACUUGUAAAUCAGAUGUUUGACACAUCAUCGACUUAGCUCUCAUAUCUCUUUGAGUAGUUGGGUUAAUGUACAUGUAGGGCUGGUUCACCUUAUUAAGGGCUGAUAUUUCAACAGUGAUUGAGAGUCAAAGUUCACAUUGCUUUAAAUGUGGUGUUAAAAUGUCAGUAUCUCUCACAAAUGGUGGAUUUCCUUAAACACCCCGGAAUGAGAUUUCACACAAGAAAUUUCCCUGGUUUCACAGUUCCUCUCACUGUAAUUUUUAUCAACUCUUCUUCAGGUACCUUUCACCAAUGAACUCUUGAGCUGUGUCUUCACAAUGGAGGAAUCUAUUUGUAAAUUUAACAACUCACAUUUUAAGCUCUUCUGAUAAGCAGAUUAGACUAAUCCUCUGUUUCUACAGUUUAUUUUUAAUUUCUCCUUAUUGACUGUAAUAAAGAGUUUAUGGACAGCGCUCAGAGAAAUUUAGUAUAGAUUGAAAUAGAUCUUUGAUAUUUACCAGUUAUGGCCUUUUUAUACAAUAAAAAUAGAAUCUUAGUAAAUGGUUUGAUACUAUUGGUUAUAUUUUGAGUGAUGCAGGUUUGCUCUCCCUUCAAUAUCUUGAGUAUAUUCUUAAAAGUGUGUUAAAAUUAUGAUCACUGUUGAGUUGCAAUUUUUUUAAUUGCAUUAUAACACUGCCCAAGAACAUUUAAGUGGCUCGAGGCUACGGAGUUAGAUUAGUAAUCUUUGAGCUCAUGGUUUUGAUGUUAUGGUUUAUGCAGGCUUGAUAAGCCAGGAUGGCUUGCGGUCCAUUUAAUUCAUAUUGUGGACUUUUAUGAUCACUGGCAGAAGCUUGAGAUCCUUAAUCACUUGUGUUUCUUAGAUCCUGUAGCCUUACAAAGACGUGACACAAUGUGGAUUUUCCCUCAUAAUCCUCAUGUUGUACCUGUAGUGGGUAAUUAUAACUUUUUAUCACAAGUUUUGCUGAGUAAGUAGUUGAUUUAUUGACGAUGGUUAAAGCUGGUGAUGCUGUGUCUUGUGCCUUACAGUUCCUCAAACUCCCUCAUCUGCUUCCUCUUCAUGACUCAAGGUGCUCUUAAAGGUUUUUUUUCUCCUUCUGUUGACUUGAUACCAUGGUGAAGGUGGUGGUGUGAAACUGAACACCAAUAUCCCCUUGUGGGUCGACGUUAUUUCAGAAAUCUUGCUGUAAACAGUUUUGUAUAUAAAUAAAUCUGUUACUCAUUUGA